ACCUGUUAGAACGAACUGAUUGUUAUUCGCUAGACAUGGGCUACAAAACGUAUGCAUCAUUCGGCCUCCCAACAUUUCUUAUUAUCAUAGUUGCUCUGUACUUGCUAUUUACUGAUUCUGGAGAAGCAUUCAAUGUUGGUCGCUUUCUCGAGGAAACUAGCCCGUUCGUCUGGGGUUCGCUUGGAAUUGGACUUUGCAUAGGCUUGAGUGUUCUUGGAGCAGGAUGGGGAAUAUUUUUGACCGGAGCAUCGAUACUGGGUGGAGGAGUGAGGACUCCAAGAAUCAGUACAAAGAAUCUGAUUAGCAUCAUUUUUUGCGAGGUUGUUGCAAUUUACGGAGUGAUCAUGGGUAUCGUGUACUCUUCCAAACUCCAAACAGUAUCCGAAGCGCAGCUCUACACAAGAGAUAACUACUUCACCGGAUAUGCAUUAUUCUUUGGCGGGCUCACCGUUGGAUUCUGCAAUCUUCUUUGCGGCCUUUGUGUCGGUAUCGCCGGCAGCACUGCUGCGCUCGCUGACGCAGCUGAUCCAACACUGUUUGUGAAGGUACUCGUGGUAGAAGUUUUCGGAAGCGUGCUGGGACUUUUCGGACUGAUAAUCGGCCUUCUGAUGAUUGGGAACGCAAAGGAGUUCCUGCCAGGAUCGCCUGUAGUGUCCGCCGUACGUAUAUGAUUGAAGGCUUACAUACGUACAAAGGGUACGCUCAAUAACAUGCGUGUGUUCCAAGUGAUCUGUUUACUUUCUAUCUUGUUACUGUCUGCCGACUCAUCAAGACCAGCUCCAAGUGCAUGCAUUGCACUAAGUUCUUCUAGGUCGGUCUCACGAGCGCGUUUUUUCCUGCUUGGAAUGGAUGAGGAUGUACUUGACCAUCACCAUAUGUAUAUUGCAUCGCAGACUUUUGCAACGAGUGCUGAUCCAGGGAACUUGCAACCU